UAGUGCUGCUAUGGCCGUCGACGGUGUAGUCAACAUGGCUUUUAGAGCUCAGCUUACCGUCGUGAAUCAUCCCCAAUUGUUCAAGAGAAGAGAUCACAGCCACAGCUGCCGAUUCUAGUUGAAGCGUCCUGUAGCGAUCUCCGGUUGUUGAACCCCGUAACGCUGGGUAGACACCUUUGCGUGGUGUGUUACGGUGUAAGAUCUACCACCAGAUCCCAUAACUCCCGCGAUCGUCAUUGAGAACGGACGUAAUUAAUUACCCGCUUCUCAACCUAAGUAGUGCACCGCGAAGGCAGCGAUAAAUCGAAUUGAACCAACGCUCAAAUUACAAACCACGUAUCGGCCCAUACACCGCGAGUGACGAGUGAACAGUGAAAAUCGCAUAGCUGACAAAAGUGUGACAAUGGGGACGCGCAGCGGGGGGUUGUUUCCCCCCGAUCGUGCCAAUCAAAAUAGGUAUGUGAUAUUGAAGAAAAUAAAUGGAUCAAUAAUCGAGCACAGCAUAUUUCUCGUGACAAAGUCAAUCGAGACAUACUGCUGUUAUGAAGAUAUUUGGCUAAACAGAAAAAAACGGUUCGUUGACCGUAAUUCUGAAUGAGAAAAAUGCAAGGAAAUUAGUUGAAAACAUGAAGGAAUUGGCAGAUGGAACACCGAUCACCGUCAGCUGGGAUACCAAACGGAAUACGUCCCGCGCUGUCGUUGUCUGUCGGGAGCUCGCAAUCGAUACUGAAGACGAUAUAAGAACAAACCUAAGCACACAAGGUGUGACUGAAGUUAAACAUAUCAGCAGAAUGAGCGACGAUAAAAAAACGAAAUUCAACACCGGAGUCGUGAUCCUCACGUUCUCCCAGCCUUCACCGCCAGAAAAACUGAAAAUUGGAUACCGCGUCUGCAGAACCGAAAAGUACUACCCCCGACCAACGCAAUGCUACCGGUGUUACGAGUAUCAGCACAUUAGUAAAUUUUGCAAAAAAGAAGAACGCUGCCGAACCUGCGGCGAAAAGGCACACCUGGAAAGUGAUGAAUGCUCAAAAGAAAUAAAGUGCAUAAACUGCGACGAUAAUCAUAUCUCGACCAGCAAGGCAUGUCCAAUUUUCAGACAAGAGCAGCAAAUAAUCAAAAUAAAAACGGAUAAAAACAUCUCAUACACCGCAGCCCGAAAACAACUUAUCAACAACAACGAAAAACCAAGUUACGCAAAAGUUACAGGCGAUGUCCAAACCAUCGUCGAAAAUGCAAGAAAACAGUGGGAAAAGGAGCUGGAGGAGAAAAUGAGCUUUAUCUCGGAAAAAAUGAAAGUUAUUUCGGAACGAAUGGAAGCGCUUAACGAAAAAGAAGCAAAUAUUAAAAACUGGUAUAACUACCUCAAAUAUAAAGAAAAGAAUUUAAAGAUCACUGAAGAGAAAAUGCAAAAAGAUAUCGAAGAAAUGAAAACGCACUGUGGCAAGCUAACAAACGAGCUGCAGAAAAAGGAUGAAUUAAUAGAAAAACUAACAAAAAACAUUGAGUCGCAGACCCAGAAAACGAUCACAACUAAAGACAAACAUGGAAAAAAAAUUAAAUGUGACAAACCGAUCGAAUCAUCUCCCGACAGAGAAACCAGAGAAGGCACACCAAGAAGGAAAAGCAACCGAAUAAACAACAAAAACAACAACAAACAAAGAAAAACGGAUUCCUCAGACAUGGAAACAGAGGAAUUAAACGACGAUAACUGAUAAUAGCAACAAUAAAAUCAAAUCUGAAUAUGACCACGCUUAUACAAUGGAACUGUAACGGUAUACGGAGCAAACACGCAGAACUUCAACUACUAAUAAGUGAACAUCAGCCUCUUUUCCUGGCCAUACAAGAAACAAGGACAAACCCAAAGACAGCUUUUAAUAUAAAAGGAUACAACUCGAUAUUUGAGCAUCGACCAUCUGGUCAAGGAGGGGUAGCUAUGCUUAUAAAGAAGGGAAUCCCUUUCACCCCAGUACAAAUACAAACAGACCUGGAAAUCAUCGCUAUAGAGGUGAAUACACCCUUCAAAAUGACAAUCGCAUCAAUAUACAUUCCGCCAAAUAUAACAUUGGAUACUAAAGAAUUUGACAAAGUGCUAUGCACUUUACCGAAGCCACUAAUAAUG